UAUCCUCUCUGGGGUUAGGGCCCCUGUCUCACUGCUAUUAGAACAGAACCAUGACCCUUUCGCUUUUUGCGUUAUUUCUUCGUUUCCCUCUCUCUUUGCACUUUUUACUAAACUCUCUCUAUUCUUCUCUCUGUUUUGUUUUUUUUAUACUGAAUUUAAGAUGUUUUGAGUUAAUAAAUCACCAAAUUCAUCACCCCACUUCGUUAAAUUCUUCAUAUCUAUAGAUGCAGUAGCUUCAACUCAUGCAGUGUAUCAUAAAAAUCAAAUCUUUCAAGUUCCAAGACUUAAGCUUUUUCAAAUGGAUUAAUGAAUUUUCUGUUUCUGGGUCAUUGAAAUGGAAAGAUUAGAGGUACCCCAGGUGGAGUUAGACUGCUCCGGUAACAGUCUCCGGAGCUCCGUUAGUGUCAGUUUUUCCGAUGCCGACAAGGGUUCUUGUUAUUCUCAGUUUUGUUCCACUGCUGAUGGAGAUGAUUAUAGCUGUCCACGUGGCAGUGAGUCUGCUGAUUCAAUUGGUAUAGAAAUUGGAAAUGAUGAAAGCAAGGGGUAUUUAGGGGAAACUGAAAGAGAUUGUAGGAUUUGUCACUUGGGUUUGGUGAGCUGUGGAAAUGAGUAUGGGGUUGCUAUUGAAUUGGGAUGUUCAUGUAAAGAUGAUUUGGCUGCUGCACAUAAGCAUUGUGCUGAAACAUGGUUCAAAAUCAAGGGAAAUAAGAAUUGUGAAAUCUGCAAUUCAAUUGCACGCAAUGUUGUUGGGCCAACUGACAUUGAAUCAGCACAACAAACUACUGAAAUAAAUGAUUUAGCUACAUAUGUAGUCCCUUCACAAGUAUCUUCCUCUUCAGAGAGGCGAACUUGUUUGAAUGGUCAUCGAUUCUUGAAUUUCCUUUUAGCCUGUAUGGUAUUUGCCUUUGUCAUCUCUUGGCUCUUCCACUUUAAUAUCCCCUCAUAGUACAGUGAAGAGUUCAUGUACCAUGUGUAAAAGCUCUCAGAUGUUAAAAAGAAAUAUUUACACAUUCUUUUCCGACUAGCUCUGCAGGGCACCUCGAGACUUAUCAUAACUGGGAUUGGCUAUAGAAGUUGAGAUGUCUUCUCCACCAAGAAAACCGGAGAAAUAUCCAACAUUUGAAAGAUAAGUCUCCAUUUUCAAGGAUUUUGUGUAAAUGUUUUACCUAAUGUGGAGGUUGAUAAGUUAGAAAUCAGAUUACAUGAUACGAUAUUUGGAGUUGUAAAUUGUCAAAAAGUUUUUGUUGAUAAAUAUAUGGAACAUGUCUUCUUACAAAUCCA